GGACGUUGUUCUGAGGUCAUCAAGCAAGCAAGCAGACAGGCAUAGAGGCAGAGAGACAGAGAGAAACAUGAAGAAUAUGCUGUUCUACAGGUACCCUUAUCCUCAUGAACAUUCACAGCAUGCUCUGGUUGCUGUCGUCAUCGGAUCCAUCUUCUUCAUAUCAAGCGACAAUUGGCAUUCGUUGCUUUAUCGCUGGGAUGCAAACAUCAAGUGGUGGUUGAUGUACACCCUGCUGCUAUCCUUUUUCUACUUCUUCAUAUCGCCCUUUCGAGGAAGACUCAUACGACCGAAUUACUCCAACUUCAGCAGAUGGUAUGUGCUGUGGCUUCUUGUAGCAGCUGUCUACCAUAUGCCCAGCUUUGAGUCCAUGGGAGUUGAUCUACGGAUGAACCUCUCUCUCUUCAUAACUCUGUACCUGGUAUCGGUCCUUAUCCUGAUGGCUUUUCACUUUAUGUUCAUUGGCCUCUGGCACUUGGGAUUGGCGAAUCGCAUCUCUGGCCAGCGAAAAGAGAUCUUCACAAUUUCGCAGAAUAGCACGGUUUUGAGUUUGGCGUGCUGUGUCUUUUACGCCCAUUGCGGAAACAGGGACCUUAUUAGGGGCCCAGGCAGCCAGGAGAAUGGCACAGCGCAAAACUGGUGGCAUAAAUUUCAAGUGUCGACGCAGCAGCGGAACUUGACAGACGCCGUAGCCGCCGCCGAGACUCAGCAGGCUGCGGCAGAGGCAGAACGUCAGCGGCUGGCCAAUGAGGCGGCAGCCGAAGCUCAGCGGACAGCUGAGACUGACGAAGCGGCACGAAACAGACGGAAUGCCGCCAGCACGGAGUCCCUGAUUGCUAGUCUUGGCCCGCGCGCUCGAAGGAAGACACAACCUACGCAAGUUACACUCGCGGACGGCCGCACGCAAAAGUCAAUUGACCGAUGCGUUGACGGCGUUUCGGUCCACUUUGCGCCACUUGCGUGCGAGCCGGUGUCUUUUGACAUCCUUGACACCAAGUUUGACAUGAUUCUAGGCAUGUCUUGGUUGCGUAGCGCCGAUCAUCCGGUGAACUCCCAUGACCGAACCGUUCACAUCCGUGAUCGGAACGGAGUGUUAGUCCCAUGUACGGUCGCGACCCCUCACACUUCGAUUGCUUGUCACGUGGUUUCCGUUGCACGGAUUCGCGACGCCAUUGCUCGGAAUGACGUYGAGGAGAUGGGCCUUGUAUUCUUGCAUGCUCUCCCCUCGCCGGACGGACCAGCCGCGUCACCGCCGGACCCACGCAUUUCUCACCUCUUGGACGAGUAUAGAGACGUCUUCGAGGCUCCCACCGGAWCGGUUCCGGAUCGGCCCAUACGUCACGGAAUCACUCUCGAGGCUGGCGCCGUCCUUCCGCGUGGAUGUAUCUACCGCAUGAGCGAAGAGGAACUCGAGGUGCUUCGCGCACAACUCGAUGAUCUUCUCGACAAGGGUUGGAUUCGCCCUAGUUGCUCGCCAUACGGUGCAYCUGUUCUCUUCGUCCGGAAGAAGAACAAAGAUCUCCGGUUAUGCAUCGACUAUCGGAAACUUAACGCACAAACCGUAAAGAACGCCGACCCUCUCCCUCGGAUUGAUGAUCUCCUUGAGCGGUUAGGCAGCGCGACGUAUUUCUCGAAGUUGGAUUUGAAGUCAGGUUACCACCAGAUUGAAAUCCAGCCUCAAGACCGGUACAAGACCACGUUCAAGACGCGGUACGGGCAUUUUGAGUGGGUCGUCAUGCCAUUUGGACUCACCAAUGCCCCCGCAACGUUUCAAGCAGCGAUGACGACUGAGUUUCGCGACUUGCUCGAUCGCAGCGUCCUCAUCUACCUUGAUGAUAUCUUGGUUCAUAGUAGGACGUUGGACGAGCACAUCGUACACCUUCGUGUGGUUCUGAAUCGUUUGCGACUAGCCAAGUACAAAGUGAAUCUCGACAAGUGCGAAUUCGCCAAGCAAGAGCUUGAGUACUUGGGUCAUUUUGUCACGCCGAAAGGCAUUCGUCCCUUAGCGGACAAGAUCCAAGCCAUCGUGGAUUGGCCGGAACCCCGUUGCACGACGGAUGUACGCUCUUUCAUGGGKUUGGCUGGAUAUUAUCAGCGAUUCGUCGAGUCAUACUCGAAAGUGGCCGCUCCUUUGUCGAGACUUCAGUCCCCGAAGCUUGUCAUUGAGGGCGCAACUGUUGGGCAAUCGGAUCACAUUUCGCCGGUCUACUCGUUAUGGGCAACCUUCAUCUGCAUGUACAUGGCGAACUACAUCGUAGAGAGGUCGACAGGAUGGGCUCUGACUCACACGAAAGUGGUCCCCAGUCCCCAUGUGGAAUGGAAGACAGCGAAGCCAGACUUUCUGCCGAUGGUUCCAUGGUACUCUGGGACAUCACUGGAAUUGUUCAAGACAGCUUUCAACCUCCUUGUAUCAGUGACGCUCUUCCUUGGGCGCUUUGACUUCCGUAUGCUUCAGUCUGCGAUGUCAGCAGCACAGCAGAGGAACAAUCAGAGAAAGCGAAAAGGGGGAAACAGUUUCACAUACAAAGACCUGAGCGGUCGCGAGGAGCUAUGGUUUGAUUUCAUGGCUGACACAGGGGAUGGAGGGGAUCCGACGUACACAAUCGCACGCCUCUUGGCACAACCUCAACUUCGACUGCAGCAUGACGGACGGCUGUUAGUUCUCCCUCGAGCGAAUCUUCUUGUUUUAGGAGGCGAUCUCGCGUAUCCAAAUCCGUGUCCAUAUUCGUACGAGAACCGUCUGUUUAGGCCCUUUCGGUACGCGAUGCCUCCGCCACCAUUCUGCGAAAGAGACCACAUAAGCGUGAAAAAGCCCGAACUACCCCCUGGUGUCAAAUGCCUGGAAGAUUAUGAUGGCCCACAGUGCUUCGCAAUUCCAGGAAACCAUGACUGGUUUGAUGGACUGCACACCUUCAUGAAGUAUAUUUGUCAUAAGAACUGGCUCGGGGGAUGGCUGCUCCCACAGGAACAGAGUUACUUCGCUCUGAAGCUUCCUCAAGGCUGGUGGAUUUUUGGACUUGACCAGUCUCUCCACAUGGACAUCGACAUCUUUCAGUUCAAGUACUUUUCCAACAUAGCAGAUCACCAGCUGCAAGAGGAUGAUGUGGUCAUCCUUGUUACGCAUGAACCAAACUGGCUGCUUGAUUGGUACUGGGACGUGUCCACCGGGACUAAUGUGACCUAUCUGAUUCAGCAACACUUGAAAGGCCGGUGUAAGAUCAGAUUUGCCGGGGACUUGCACUUCUACAGUCGGCAUACUGCUGUACUGCCAGCGCCGGCAAAUGCGGGGCUCGUGCGGUCGUGGUCAUCGGUAUUGUCAACUUCGUUCUCAUCGUCGUCAUCAUCAUUUUCAUCACCUAUGACAGCAUCAUUGUUUCCACCACCUUCCUUGGCUCCCCCAGCAUUGCCUCUGUAUGAGCACCUGAUCGUAAAUGGAGCAGGAGGCGCUUUCAUGCAUCCGACCCAUGUCUUUGAGGACUUUGACAAAUUCCUGGGUGCACGAUACGAGAGACAGGCAGCUUAUCCAUCAAUUGAAUUGUCCCGAAAGAUUAGUCUGCAGAAUAUUCUGAAGUUCCGCAAGAAGAACUGGAGAUUCGACGUAGUGGGAGGAAUCGCCUACUUCCUGGCCGUCUUCUCCAUGUUCCCCCAGGUUGAGGAUUCGCAGGUCUUCUCCUUGCCAUUUGAUGUCUAGCCAAGACCAUCUCCCAUCGUUGCCAUCCCCCUCGCUGUUCAGGAUCUGUCCCUCGRGCAG